AGUUAGGCUGAUAGGGCUAAUCAGAUCGACAGCGAUCGUCCGGCCAGAUGGCCACAGUGUCCUGGCUGAAAGAUAGAUACAUCGCGAGGCCAGCCCGCGACCGGAGCUGCCGGUCUGUGACGUCCAACUGGACGGGGAGGAGCCCAUGACUGGACAGGCAACGGAUUCCGGAACGCGGCAGCUGGUCGUGCACCUCCGCUCCAGGAGACAUAAAGCAAAGCAACUAGACCCUGUCCCCCAUUCCGGACGGGCCCCCACCUCGGUCUUUCCUCUUCCCCCCGUGCUGUCGACGCCGCCGCCACUCCGCUUGUUCCUUCUACCUUUGCGCCCCGCCGUCGAUCGUCGCCAUGUCCACCGCCGAUCUCGUCCUUAACUUUCAGCUCUCUAGCAACCCGAACGCCGACCCGCGUACUCUGCAGGUAGUACAAGUUGUCGAUGAAUCGCAGAACACGACAGCGCUAUACAAGUUUCACCAUCCUAACACGGGUCUAACCACUGGCGUUACGUCGAUACAAAGAAUAAACGUCGAGACGCAAGUGUGGGAGAAUGCGGGACAGAUAGAAUGGACUUCCAACACCAGCGGGGCAGUAUAUUUCGGCGUCGAGAGGGUCUCAAUACGCGAACUGCGAAAACCGAAGAAAUCGUCCAGCAAGUCACGCAGGUUCAAGGUGAACAACGCCGAAUACAAGUGGAAGCUCGCCGAGAACGGUACGGACAUGAUUUGCGUCAGCGACAACCUGGGCAAUCGCGGGAAGCAGAUCGCGCUGUGGACGCAGGACACGCUCACCCUGCGCGUCGCGGAGCGUGCCGAGGGCUUCCUGGACCGGGUGGUUGUGACGUGCUUCCUUCACCUCUGGUUCAGGCGCUACAACAUCUGGUAGCGUCAGUCGAGAGCCAGAUUGGCAGCAGAUCCCGGGCCCCGGACGCAGAUCUUCUCCCCAGGGGAAUCGCGGGGCCAGCUGAUAGGGAUCCCCAGCUGCUUUGUCCGUCCGUGACGUUGCUUCGGAGGUAUCGCCGGCAGUGGGAAGGCGGAGGGAGGGGGAAGAGGGGGAGACGCUACAUGCGGACUGAUAGCGAAUUGUGUUCGAGAUUGGUCAGCUGCUCACAGUGCUGUUAGUCAAUGCUUGCUUUGCUCGCGAUGUUCUCUUAUUGUUACCGCUUUCGUCGUAGUGCCUGACGUAGAGUACGCAUGACCCGGUCUAA